UCUAUUCCGAUUCAAAUGCAGUUAGAAGGAAGUGACCUUCUCGAGACACGCAGUCUCGAACAAGUGCACGGUGCACGUGGACCCGGGGACGGCGUGCGCAGCGCCACCUGCCGACAAUUGUUCGCAAAAUGGCCGCGUCUGUCAAAAGUACGUUGCACUGACAGAAGCGAAUGCUGCAGUAUACGUUGCAUAUACGCGCACAGCAGGUCCAAGCAGAUUGUACGACUACAAAUACCAGUGACUGAAAUCAAGUACAAGGAUGUCAUUGCAACGAAAGUAGAAACACUUGAGAUUAUCUUCAAUGCAAGUAUGGAAAAAAGAGGCAGCGCGGAACUUCUCAGUACGGAGCAAAGCAAUUCAAAGAAUGCCAGUUCGGAUUCCCUCAACUCGGACAGCAAGAGCAGCUCACUCAAUUCGAAGAUAGGCCAUGAAUCGGAGAGCUGGGAAAAAGCGUCGCGUUCAAAAAGCUUUUCUUCAAGCUCCACUUCAACAGAUAAUAAUAUAGUCUCUGCUUUGGAGGCUAAAAAAGAUAAUCAAGUAAAAAAUUUGUCUGGAGGAGACACGGGACCACCGCUCUUGAAUGGAGAACGAGUGCAGGGCAUCGCGCACGAAGUCACCUAUCUGUGUCCUUAUUCGGGGCCGGCCAGGGGGAUCCUUAGUGUUACGAACUACAAGCUUCACUUCCGUAGCAUAGACCGAGAAACGCCUUACGCUGUUGAAGUGCCGUUGGGAGUCGUCAGCCGAAUCGAAAAGGUCGGCGGUGCGUCGAGCAGGGGGGAGAAUUCUUACGGAAUCGAAGUAUUUUGCAAGGACAUGCGGAAUCUCAGAUUUGCUCAUAAGCAGGAGAACCAUUCCAGGCGAGACGUGUUCGAGAAGUUGCAACAGUAUUCUUUUCCAUUAUCUCACAAGUUACCUCUAUUUGCCUUCGAAUACUCUGAGACUUUCUCCGAAAAUGGUUGGAACGUUUACGAACCUAUCGCAGAACUGAAGAGAAUGGGUGUAAAUAACGACAUGUGGAAGAUAUCCAAAAUCAAUGAUACAUAUUCACUGUGCGAUAGUUAUCCAGCGGUUUGGGCGGUACCCGCCGUAGCGACCGACGAGGAUCUUCAAGCAUCCGCGUCUUUUAGGAGCAGAGGUAGACUGCCGGUUCUCUCGUGGAUUCAUCCGGAGAGCCAAGCGACGAUAACUCGUUGCGCUCAGCCGCUGGUGGGCGUCGGCGGUAAACGAAGUCGCGAGGACGAGAGGUACGUUCAGCUGAUAAUGGACGCUAACGCACAGAGUCACAAACUGUUCAUCAUGGAUGCGCGUCCGAUGCCAAACGCAAUAGCGAACAAGGCGAAGGGCGGCGGAUACGAAAGCGAGGAUGCCUACCAGAACGCGGAAUUGGUCUUCCUCGAUAUUCACAAUAUACACGUCAUGAGAGAAAGUCUCAGGAAAUUAAAAGAAUUAUGUUUCCCCACUAUUGACGAAGCUCGAUGGUUGUCGGGCAUCGAAUCAACGAUGUGGCUUAAGCAUAUCAAAUGUGUUCUCGCUGGAGCUGUAAGAAUCGUGGACAAAGUUGAGAAUCACAAGACUUCUGUGUUAGUUCAUUGUUCCGAUGGUUGGGAUCGGACGGCGCAGCUUACAGCUCUCGCAAUGUUGAUGCUAGAUCCAUACUAUAGAACGGUCAAAGGAUUCGAAGUUUUAAUAGAAAAAGAGUGGCUGAGCUUCGGACACAAAUUUCAACAGAGGAUAGGCCACGGGGAUGAACAUCACAGCGAUGCGGAUAGGUCGCCGGUAUUUCUACAAUUCAUCGACUGCGUUUGGCAAAUAAUGCGGCAGUUCCCCAACGCUUUCGAAUUCAACGAACAUUUUUUGAUUACCAUACUUGAUUAUCUCUACUCUUGCAGAUUCGGCACGUUUUUGUUUAGCAGUGAACGCGAAAGAAUGCAGGAGCAGGUGAAACAAAGAACAGUUUCUCUCUGGUCGUACACCAACAGCCAACUACCACUUUACCUGAAUCCUCUCUACCGAUCCGGUACAAACUAUCAGCUUGUUCUGAUACCGGUCGCCAGUAUGCGAUACAUCAAGCCGUGGAAGAGUCUGUAUUGCAGAUGGAACCCCAGCAUGCGACAACAAGAUCCCGUGUAUCAGAGAACAAGGGAGCUUCUAGUCCUGAAGGAGCAACUCGAGAAGCAGCUGGAGGAAGGUCGACGCGAACAGGCCUCCCGCGCGAAUCGAUCCGUGACCUCGCCGGCGCCACCCAGAAUACAUUCCCCGGUUCACAUAUAGCACCGCGGGGAACCUUGACUGACUUGAUUUGUAGUUUUGUAAAUGAGCUGUAAACUUGAUCCGCGCUCGCUCGAGCCAGUACUUUGUAUUCCGCUUGCGGAUGCUAUGUACAAUAUGCUCACCUGAUAAAGAACAAAUCUAGAUUCGUGCG